GCUUUGAUUGUUUAUUUAAAUCCAAAUAAUUCAGUAUCAGUGGCGCUACAGAGAUAGAACGAUGUUCUUGAUAAUUUUAACUGUUUUUUUACAAUUGUUAAAUGUUCUUAAUGCAGAAAAUAAAGUUUGCUCCACGGCAGAAGGGGGGUACCGUAAUUCAUACGAAACGUACAGGGCGACAAUGGAUGUUUGGGUGCCAGAUCGAAGCUGUACGGGCAGUGAUUGUAAAAAAGUUAAACAAGUCUACACUUACAUAGCAGGCCAUAAUGUUACAAAAUAUGUGACGUCAUCGAAAUUGUCCUGCUGCUCCGGUUAUGAGAGAGAUACUACUUAUUCUACACUGGUCUGUAAACCGAAAUGCUCAAAGCUUUGCAUACAUGGCGAGUGCAAAGGUCCAGAGAAGUGCCUUUGUUACAAAGGCUAUACGUUGGACCCUGCAAACCAGUACAACUGCCUGCCUCACUGCAGCACACCAUGUGGAAGAAAUGGCACUUGCGUUGCUCCAGACAAAUGCCAAUGUGACAGAGGGUACCGAACUAACAAGGACGGUACUUGUGAACCAGUUUGCAACCCGCCUUGUGUUAACAGCCUCUGCGUAGCCCCAGAUACGUGCAAGCGUUGCACGGAUAGAUGUGAUCACGGCACUUGCGUUGGCAACGUCUGUGUUUGUGACCGAGGCUGGAAAAUAUCUGGCGACAAAACCUGUCAACCUGUAUGUUCAAGCACCUGUAUAAACAGCAACUGUGUAGAACCAGAGCACUGUCAGUGUCUAAAAGGAUAUAUAAAGUCUAGCCCGUAUAGUUGCAAACCUUACUGCUCCGGUGGCUGUCCUCACGGAAGUUGUGUAGCACCCGAGACUUGUGUCUGCGACGCAGGAUGGCAAAUGGUCCAAUCUCCUUCUAAGGUCAAAUCUUGUCAACCGAUUUGCAGCAAGCCGUGUGUCAAUGGCACAUGUAUUGCUCCGAAUACCUGCGAAUGUCUGCCCGGCUACGAAAAGUCAGAUGUAAAUAAUAUUUGUGUACCCUACUGUUCAGAUUCGUGUCAAAAUGGCACUUGCGUGAGUCCACACACUUGCGUUUGCUAUCCAGGGUGGGAGAUGAGACCCACUCAUGACAUCAUGAAUGAGACUUGUGUACCUGUAUGUAGCAAGCCUUGCGUCAAUGGGACUUGUGUAUCUCCAGACACUUGUGAAUGCCUCGAUGGCUAUGUAGAAUCUGAGAAGAACGUUUGUAAGCCACACUGUGAAAAUGGAUGUCCAAAUGGUACCUGCGUCGAACCCGGCUCCUGUGUCUGUGAUUCAGGAUGGUAUAAAACUAUUAACGGCACGUGCAUGAAGGAUGAGACUUCUAAAGAUAAGAGCAAAGGUGCUGCAAGCAAAGGGUCUUCUGCUUGGGUGUAUGUUCUAGUCACACUGCUCAUUGCUGUUCUGGUGGCGGCACUCGUUGUGUACUUCAGACGGGUCAGAAGGUAUCAAACUCUUGAAGACGAUGGAACCGUGAUACUACCGUCUCAAGAAGUAAAUACAUCAACAUCAUUACAUAGACACCGAGGUAGCUACGACAUUACUAAAAACUCUGAACUGUAAUUUGAUUAAUUAAAUAAAUGUAAGUAAUUUCUGU